CCGCUCUCCCCUUCCUUGUGAGUUAAGAUGGCGGACCGGCGACGACGAAGGCGGCGCGCUUCUCAGGACAGCGAGGAGGAGGAGGAGGAGGCUUCGGGCUCCGACAGCGCUGGCUCCGCGUCCCCAGGCGGAAAGACCCGGGCGAGGGUCUCCGAGCCUGUCGAGUCUCCGGCGGUUCGCAGCGGCUCCAAAAGCGACGUGGAGUCCGAGUGUGAAAGUGAGGAUGGUGUGGGUGAAGCUGUCCUUUCGGACUACGACAGUGCUGAUCCGGAGGAGAAUGGUUCACACUCAGAGGGUGGAGAAGAUGAGGAGGAGGAGGGAGAACACUUCAGUGAUGAAGAGGCUGCACGCCCUGCUGCAGAACAGAAAGCUGAAGUGGAUGCUCCUGCAGAGGAGUUGGGAGAGGAAGAAGAGGAGGGAAGGAUAAAAGAAGUAAAAGCAGAGGAAAAAGGAAACCUGGCAGGAGAGAGACAGAGUGGAGAUGGCCAGGAGAGUACAGAUGAUCCUGAGAAUAAGUCAACAGGUAAAGCAGGUCAGAAGCUGGAUGAUGAUGAGGACCGGAAGAAUCCAGCCUAUAUCCCCCGCAAGGGCCUGUUCUUUGAGCAUGAUGUGAGAGGCCAGGCCCAGGAUGAAGAGAGACCAAAAGGCAGACACAGGAAGUUGUGGAAAGAUGAGGGUCGCUGGGAGCAUGAUAAGUUCCGGGAGGAGGAACAGGCACCUAAAUCACGUGAGGAGCUGAUUGCUGUGUAUGGUUACGACAUUCGAAACGGCACCGGGCCCAGCGAAGGCAGACCGUACAGGUCCCGAAAACCCAGGCACACUGGGUCAUUAAACCAAGACCCCAAACGUUACAGAGACAGUGAGAAGCCCACACGCACCUCAUGGCAGGGCACAGCGCCUGGCAACCGCAGUGUUCCCCCAAGCACAGUGACCCUCCACUCUGGCCCUCCCUCUGUUCCCCCUGCAGCCUCCCGGCCCCACGCCAGGCCUUCCUCCCAGCCGCCUGUGCGCAACUUUCAGGGAGGCAGAGGCCCAGCAUCGUCCCACCGCUCUGACAUCAGGGGACAUGUUAAGGCCCCCUUUGAGGGACUCCCCCCUCGCAGCUCUCGCCCCCAGCCUCUUGAGGGCGAGCGGGCGCCCAGGCUGAGAGGAAAGGGCUCUCAUGGGCCCCCUGCUGAGCGCAGCCCUGCCGUGGUGGUAGAGGACGUACAAAGUGAAGACGAAGAGGAGGGUGAGAUUCCCGCUGUAACCACCACCUACACUGCACACCACUACAAGACUGAGAGAGAGACGGCUCCGUCACCACGGCGACAGGAACCUAGUCUGGCAGCUGAACCAGCAGGUGGGACGGGGCCAAUAAGAGAGUCUUCACCUCCUCCAGAAAGGCCUGUGGAAAAGAAAUCAUACUCCCUUGCACGUAGGACCCGAGCAAAACCCUCAGACCUCAGCAAGCAAGCAUCUCUGGAGGACUCGACACCGUCACUGCAGCCCACCCCUACAGCUGUCAAGAGCGAAACAUGGCAGGGGGACACAAGCACACAGAGUGGCCUGACAGGACUGGAUCAGGACCUGGCACGUCUCAGCAUGGCUGGGCAAAACUGGGCCCAAAGCCCACCCUCUUACCUGCCACCUGAAAUGAGGGGCAUCCCUAGCUCUAUGCAUAUGGCAGGUGGUCCUCCUCAAUAUGGCAACAUUGAGGACAUGGGUGUUGGUGGUGGCCGGGCCAAACGGUAUUCCUCCCAGCGGCAGAGGCCAGUGCCUGAGCCUGCACCCCUGCAUAUAGGGGUGAUGGAGGGCCAUUAUUAUGAACACAUGCCAUUCCAGGGACCAAUCUACACACAUGGUGACAGCCCUGCUGCCAUGCCACCGCAGGGUCUGCUGGUUCAGCCAGAGAUGCACCUUCCCCAUCCUGCACACCCAGGCUUGCAUCCACACCAGUCAGGAGGGCCUAUGCCUAACCCUGCACUUUAUGCUGCCCCGCCUGUUUCUAUGUCACCUGGGCAACCUCCCCCUCAGCAGCUGCUGCCUCCACCCUUCUAUCCCCCACCUGGAGUCAUGACUUUCAGCAACACCAACUACCCCUAUCCUGCUGGAGCUACACUAUCCCCUAUGUACCCCAACCCACAGGCGCAGUCACAGGUCUAUGGUGGUGUGACAUAUUUUGACACGGUACAGCAGCAGGCCCAGCCCAAACCCUCACCCCCACGACGCACCUCCCAGCCAGUCACCGUCAAACCUCCCCCACCAGAGGACCAGAGCAGGAAGCCCAGUGAGGAGAUUCGCUCCUAGCUGCUGCUGACAGAAGCGGAGGCUGCAUUGCUGCCUUCCAGGACCAGCACCACUUGUGGAUAAAUAGAAUUUGUUUUAUCUUUAGUGUCUUUUUUUUUGUUUGUUUUGUUUGUUUGUUUUUUAUUCCUUAUUGUUUGAUUUCUCACUUGGUCAGCCUUGUCCACAUUAACUGUUCAUGCAAGGUCCUGUUUGCAAGUCAUUUCUUGUUCAUAUCAGUUCUUUUGACCUGCUGUGUUUUUGCCUCUCAGCUGAUGCCAUCACUUUCUCUUUCAAAAAGGCAUAUCUUGGCCCUUGAAGGAAACAUACUGUAGAAUGCCUUGUAACCAUCAGUCUGACAUGACGGGGGGGUUUUUGCAGCUGUUAACCUUUGUUGUAACCGUCUUCAAAUAUCAUGCUAAAAAAACCUACCCUUUUCAGGUCAGAAAGCAGAGAAUAGCUAAUACUGUGUAUAAUCUUUUAGGUUAGUCAUAGAUGUUAAAGGAGCUACGUGUAAGAUUAAAUGUGUACCAGUCAUGCAGUACAUACUUCUUAUAAAAGAGAGCUUGAAUCUGCAUGAUCCAACUUUGGUGGAAUUCAGAAGUACAGUCUGCUGCAGUAACAUUACUAUGAUAUUAAAAUUCUACAAGUAAGUAGUUGCAAUUUAAAGAUAAAGUUAAAGAAAGAUAAGUUAAAGAUAAAACAAAUCUUGCAUGUAGCGCCUUCAGUUUGCAUUCACAUUCAGCAUUAGAAGGCAGUUGGCCUGCCAGUCUAUGCAUUUACAUUAGCGCUUUUUUUUUUCUUCUUCCCUCUCUCUUUGUGUUAGUCUAUGAAAUAAGGCAAUACAUUUCACUCUGUCAGCUGAUAGUGUGGUUUCCAUGUCAGACUGAGAAAGCAGGGGGCAUUGAGCGUUGUGUAACUAUGAUCUUCAUCAGUAGACAAAUUGAUUGACCAAAAAAGUACUUUGACCUCCCAGUUGUGUGUGCAAACCGAGCCAUAGAUUUAAAAAGCUCUAAGCGUAUGGAUGCAGGAGUUUGUAAUACACCUGGUCCAGGGUUGAACGGAGCACAUGACAUUCAUAAUGAUUUAGAUCAUAGACUGUUCAAAUAAACUGAGUGGGUCUCAAACAGAUAUUGGUCAUGUUUUUAAAUCAUUGAUACCAGUGUUCUGGUUGUGGUGGUUUUGUUUCGUUUUGAUUUUUAUUUCUUUGCCCCACCGCAACAGGUUUUCAAGAGUGCUCAACCUGUAGGAGUGUAAAUCAACCCUUAUGGUGCUAGACUUUGUGUGUAGCGAAGGGUGAAUUCCUCACUCUUCCCCACAUCUACGACCGCACCCUUUGAAAUCUUUGUAUUUUUAACAUUGUACUGUUGAAAUAAAUACUGUAAUACCAGAAAAGAACCGUUAACCUUGCCUGAAAACUGACGUACUUGACAGUGCUACUGCUUGAUGAUAGCUUCCUAAUGUAAGUGUAUAUAGUAUAAAUGUAUAUUGAAGCCUGUGGUUUAAAGAGCAUUAAUACUUUAAACUCGUAGUCAUCAGUGGAAAACUGUCACCAUAAACAAAAUCGGCAGGGAAACCUAGCCCGUUUUUUUUUUUUUUUUUUUUUUUUUUUUUUUUUUUUUCUUUCUCAUUUCUAAUGGAUUAACUGAGUGGAUUAAUUUGCAAUUACAAAUUGUUUGUCUACUUAUUUUUAGGUAUGCUGAAUGCAAGAGUUUUUAUUCAUUUUCUCCUUUUUAGAGGCACUGUACAGGCAUGCAUGAGAACAUGGAUACAUUUCUUUGUGAAAGCAAUUUUAGAUGGGCACCUGGGGCUGAGAGGCUGUUACCUUAUACCCCGCUGGGGUCUGUUAUGGAUGCAUCCUCUUAAAUGGUUCCCUUUAUUAUUCGUUCCUGAUGACCUGCCAGUAUAAUUGAAUUCCUCUCCUGUGCACUCUCAGUGUUGUUUAAGUGUGGCUCAUAAGAAAGUGAUGAUCCGAUGAUGUUACUUUAUAUAUGCCUUAAAAAGUUGAAUUGGUUGACAUAUCUGUUCUGAUUGACUAGACCUGCCAACACUGUGAGGGGCUCGUACGUUUCAUAGGUGUUUGAAUAUAUUAAAGUGUUUCAUUUUUGUUUCUUAUGUUUGUUUUGUGAAGCAAUUUUGUCAAGAGAAAUAUUAAACAAGACCCAAGUGUAA